UUCCCUGUAUUUGGAAGCAACUCUAAACUCUACCAUGAAGACAUUGGUGCUUUCCAUCCUCGUGGCCGUGGCUUUGGCUGACAAGCCGUCCUUCUCGUACGACGCCCCUGCAUCCCGCCCAUCCGGCCCCGUCAGGGUGGUCGAAAUCGUCCGCGACGAUCGAGUCCAUCCUGCUGCUGACGGAUCUUACACCUUCGACGUCGAGACCGAGGACGGCAUCGUCAGGCACGAGGCUGGUGGCCCAGGAGGUGCUCAGCAAGGCUCAGUCAGCUUCACUUUCCCGGACGGCCAAGUGUUCGACCUCCAGUUCGUCGCCGACGCCAACGGUUACCAGCCUCAGUCGCCCUUCCUGCCCGUGGCUCCUGCCUUCCCCCACCCUAUUCCCGCCCACGCCCUCGAGCAGAUCGAGCGAGGGCGUCUUGAGCAUGAAGCUCGCGCCCGCGGAGAACUGCGCGAGUCAUCCAGCCAGGGCCACUCUGCUCCCUCACAACUCUACGGCCGACCUUAGUAGAUCUGUUUUCCAUUAUCCCACUUCAUUCAUAUGUCAUGCUGUUGUGCCAUUACAGGGUGAAUGUUUGUUAUGCCUGACGACUGUUUUAUUUUAUUUCCGAAUGAAUGUAAAACGAAUAAAUAUAUCUAAGAACUAUU